CGCGCGGCGGUUCCACUCUGCGUCCCCGAGAACGAUCGCAACGUGAAUCUUUUUUGGAGACUUCUUGAGCGUGUGCCCAGGACUACCAGCCAACCCCCCCUCCCCUGAGGAUUAAACUGGAUCUUCACAGCGGAUUAACAACUCUUGAUCAAAUUUGUGCACCACAUCGACAACUGCGAGAGAGAUUAAAGUGUGAUAAACGUGCUAAAGUGAUCGAGCAGAGGAAUAUUUCACAUCCUUGCGAAGGAGCAAACAACCACCAAUCCAGGAGAGCAGGAUUAAUUGUGACAGUGAUUCUGUGCUGAGUGUAUUUAAGGAUAUAACACACACACACACACAAACAUACAUACAUAACCUCUAGAGGUGGUGAAGCUUGUGUGAUUCUGUGAUCUCGAGAAGGUGGAUAUAAAAUAUUUACAUUGAGUGCCACUGAGCUAAGGAAACAGAAGAAGUGAAUAACAGUGCAUGCAAAACAAUUUAUCGUGGAUGAUGUGCAUUAAUCACACUGAUGAUUAGGAAAAGGGCUUCAGUGACGCGGCGCCGAAACGACGACAACCCACAUUCACAGCAAGAGAGUCACAAUAAAUUCAUCAAACUGGAUUAUAAACGCAAUUACCCCUACUACACAGACAGGAUGCUGAUGUUGUACUACAGACAACACGGCGAGUGCAUCCUCCAGGAAAUCGGCGCGGCCUUCCGCGGUGAGCAUCCGGCGGACUUGCUGCUCAUCUGCGAGGGCCGCGAGACGCUGCGCGCGCACAAGCUGGUGCUGGCGGCCGCGAGUCCCCUCGUGAAGCGGCUCCUCGAGGAGACACCCUCCAUCGAGUCCGUCACCACCGUCCACUUCCCCGACGUGCAGGCCAAGUACUUCCGGCUGCUGCUGGACUUCCUGUACUCCGGCCAGACGUGCGUGCCGGCCAAUGAGGUGGAGCACCUGCAUGACCUGCUCGCGCUGCUGCAGAUCAAGCCUGGCGUGUGGCGGACGGACGACAAAACAGAGCUAGUCAUUCUCAUUCCAGACGGUGGCGGAGGCGAGGCCAAGGGCGACACGCAUACCGACAUCAACAGCAAUGAGGGCGACGGACGCCGGCGGCGCUCCAAGAGCCGCGACUCCACAUCCUCGCGGGUGCACGUGAAGCGGGAGCGGGGCGGGAACAGCAGCGAGGAGACGCCGGAGGCGGAGGGCGACGACGAGCGAGCGGAUGUGGACGAGGAGCCGGACGAGGAGGCAAGACAGAGCAGAGACAGGAGCAGCGAAGAGAGGCGCCUGAGUGUGGACACGGCGCGCAAUGACACGAUCUCGAGGCGAACGGAGGAGUCUGGAGAUGAGGCGGAAGAGUCCGGCGACGAGGGUGGCGACAGGGAGGACGAGAAGUCCAUCAGUGGCCGGAGAAGAAGCUCCUCGGAUCCUGUGAAUCUUUCUCUGGGUACCAGACAGGAGGACUCCGAUGACGGCGGUCACGUGGACGUGGAGACGAUAGCCAAUGCGCCCAGCAAGAGUCUCAUUCCCAGUCGCCUCUUGGAUCCUUUUCGAACGAAACGAAAAGUGCUGUAUCACGCGCCAGAAUCGGAAAUCCUGAAGCCACCCGACCACGACCAGCUGCUGCACAGCUCACCCGACAACUACGUGGUCACGCCGCACCGGAAGCGCCGGCCUGGCUUUCAGAACUCACCCGCCCAGAAUCCACCAUUCGUCCCGUACGGACUCAACCGCAGCAACUACAUUGAGGACCUGCGCUCCCGAAAGGGGCCGUCAGUGUCAGCACCACCGUCCUACUUUCCAGGAGAACGCCCACCUCUGUCGCCCACGUCUCAACCCACCGAUCUCUUGCUGCACAACAACCACCACCAGCACAACAACAACAGCAGCCGGCGGCGGCCGCCCAGCGCGGACGGGCCGCUGGCCGUGGCGCCCUCUUUCGUGUACCCCUGGCCGCCGCACUCGUCGGCGCUGGCGGGGCUGCCUGGCGGCCCCGGCAGCGUUCUGCCCGUGCCGCCGCCCAAUCCCGCCCACAACAGCGAUCGCGGCAGCCCGCUGGACGCCGGCGGGGCGUCGGGCGGCGCCCGCGCGAGCGCCUCCGGCGGCCUCUCGGCGCCCGUGCGUGAGUACCGCUGCGAGUACUGCGGCAAGCAGUUCGGCAUGUCGUGGAACCUGAAGACGCACUUGCGCGUGCACACGGGCGAGAAGCCCUUCGCCUGCCGCCUGUGCGUGGCCAUGUUCAAGCAGAAGGCCCACCUGCUGAAGCACCUCUGCUCCGUGCACCGGAAUGUGAUAAACACGCCCGAGAGCGGCGGCCGCUACAACUGCUGCUUCUGCACGAUGUGGUUCGAGACGCUGCAGGAGCUGGUGAGACACCUGUCGGGCCACCACAACAAUCUCCUGCUCAGCAUCAACCUCACGCCCUCCAGUGGGCGGAACUCGUGAGGGGGCGCUCACGCGGAGCGCCCGCAAGGCCAGUGCAACCCGCCCGAGCGACGGCGUGGCGCCGGAGAGGCACAGCGCGGGGCGGCCGAGGGCCGGAAAGCGCCGAGAGCUGGUCAUGCCUAAGGCAGACGUACAUGAUUCUCGAGAUGGCAGUGAUCAGGGGAGCCGCGCGCUCUCCUCUGGGGACGCGCAUGCUGACGAUUGUGCAGUUGUUACACCAAAGAACUCGCAGCUAUUGACCGUCUCUCGGCCCUUUCCGAGUGCGCGCGCAGCAUAAGCUUCACGGGCUUUUGCGCGAUCCUCUUGCCUUCGGUUGCCUUGAAGUUUCAAAACUGGUAAAUCAAUUUAAUUAUAGUUGGCAAUUAAUUCAAAAGACAAUACAUGUAAUUGUUCUGUGCCUCUCUCAAGAGCUUUUGAGGAGGGAAAACCGGAAAAUUUCCCUCACUAAAGCCAAACACAAUGUCGCAACUCAAGGAAUUUCACAGUAAGAAAAGAAAAGAAAAAAACAUUAAACCAAUAAAGAGAUAUUAAUCAAUUCUGCGCGCAAUUUCCGCCAGAAAGAAUAAAUAAUUCAGAAAGAAGAAAUUGCCCAGAACCGCUGAAGAGGGAAGGUGAAGAAUGCAACAAAGAAAAUGUACAAAUAAAAUAUCUCAUCAUUCCAAUACUUUUUCUUUUAUAUAAAAAAAAAUGCAAAACCAUAUUUUUUUUAAAUAAAAAUCUUUUUUCUACUAUCAAUUUGUAAUGUUAAUAAUUUAAAGUAAAAAAAAAACGUCGCAUCAAAACACGGAAAACACUCACAAUUUUCACCGCGAAGAGAGCUUUUGCUUUUUUCAAAGUUUCUCGUUGUUUCUCUUACAAGCACAGAAAAAUUAACGACAAAAACAGUUUAAUAUGAAUUUAAUCCAUCGUGAAGGAGUUUUGUUAAUGUAAAAUACAAGAAGCAAAAAUAAAACAGAGAUAUUUUGACGGAGUAAUAAAAGCAAAAUUGUGUAUAAAUAAUUUUUUCUGUAAAUAACAAUGUAAAUAAUUAUUGUGUAAAAAAAAGAGCAUUAAGUUAAGUGAAAUAUUUGUAAUUUUUUUUUCUCUUUAGCUAGAAACUUUUUAGUGUAAAUUCUACUUAAAUACCAACAAAAAAAAACAUGAAAAGAAAGGAAAAAAUGACGAAAAUCCGCAAAUUUAUUUAUUUAACCAGCUAAUCGCGUUUCUAAUCGAAGGACAGAAUAGUUAAAGCAUAGAAGAAGAAAAAGAAACAGACAGACAACAAAAGGACCAGAUAUUGAAUGUUAUUUUAUAAGUUGUGGAGAAAAAGAAGGAACGUAACGUUUGAAGGAUUAACUGAUAGUAAAAAUUCCACCGAAUUGAAUAGUUUUCUUUCUUGUUUCCUCCUUAAUUUUAGUAACUCUCCCACUUUUUAUUUCCUCAAUCUCCCUAUUUUCCCUCCGCGAAAUCAUCAAAAACAAUAAACGGUAAAAAAAAACAAUCUGUGCAAAUACAUUUUAGGUAAAAUACAUUUUAGUGCAGAAAAAAGUGAAUCAUGACUCCGAAAGCAGAAGAUAGACAAAUAAACAACAGCCUCAAAACUAUUUUGUAUUGCAAAUCUGUAUUAUUUUAUUUGUUCAGUUUUUUUUGUAAAUUAUAUUUAUGGUUGCCGAAGUGAGACAAGAAUUUUCAGAGACAGAGAAGAAAAAGCAAAACAAUUCCCAGAUGCAGAAUCUCAAAACCACCCAAAAGAAUAACAAGACACGAUCGCAUGUUAAAGUAAAAACGCAAGAAACCCUUUUUUUAACCUUAAAGAGAAUAUAUUAAAAAAAACUUCUUUUUUCUGUAUAGAAAGUAAUUUAAAUUAAGCAAUUAAUUAGCAAGCCCAAAAAGAAAAUUGUUAAUAAAAAAAACUGAUCAAAUUGAUCAAAAUGUGUUCAAAACAGAAACUUAUGAUUUGUUACAAUAAAAUGAAUUCAAUGUAA